AUCUAAUUCCUCUGGACCAUUUUCAUCGGCAUUACACAAUCCCCUCAGCAGCAGAUCAUCGUCUCUACCUCACAGCAGCCGCGCGUCAUCAUCGACAGCCCCUGGGAUUCUCCUUUCUUCUUUCAAUUGCCGGCCCCCUCUGUUUCCUGUCAUCUCUGCUACUUUGGUGUCCAUUUCCGGCGAGUUUUCGAAGCUCCUUUGGGUUACUUCCGACACUCAUCUCCAGCUCGUUUUGGUAUACUUCUAAAACAGAGGGGUUUGGGAAACAAAUCUGUGGGAUAGUACAUUGGUUUGAUUUUGUUAAAUACUGGUUAUGACUAAUUGAGGAGACUACUAAUGAGUUUUACUAUGUAUUACUGGUUUAUUUCUGAGAUUUUUCCUUUGGUUUAAGUUUUAAUUUUUAUCUGGCAUGCUUUAAAUUUUAAAUAAGGUUUACCCAUAUUUUUACUUACUGAGUUAUCUCACAUAGUUUUUCUAGUCCUAUAAUCUUAUCGGUGGCUUGUUGAAAGCUGAAAAUGUCUGAAGAGAAUGUAGAAGUUGUGGCUGAAGAAAAGGAAGAAAUCAAGUCAUUUAAAGCUCUGGGUUUGUGCGACAAAUUGGUAGAAGCAUGCGAAAGUUUGGGAUGGAAAACCCCAACAAAAAUACAGAUAGAAGCCAUUCCCCAUGCGCUCGAAGGUAAAGACUUGAUUGGACUUGCACAAAUGGGUUCUGGCAAAACAGGAGCUUUUGCUCUUUCCAUACUGCAAUCACUUCUAGACUAUCAUUCUAAACAGGAACAUAAAUCUUCUCCGGUAUUCUUUGCUUGUGUGCUCUCUUUGACAAGGGAGCUUGCACUUCAAAUUGCUGAGCAGUUUGAAGCUUUAGGAUCUGGGAUUGGCCUUAAGUGUGCAGUGGUAAGAUAAAAGGCUUAGCUUUAUUAAUUUUUAAAUGAGUUUGUAGAUAACAGGACAGAUUUCCACUUGAGCUUUCGAUGCUAAGGUACUGAUAUUGAAGUUCCAUUGUAUUUUGGUUGAUUGAAUUUUCUAGUGAAGCGACAUUAUUUUUUCUUGAUGCUAUCAUCUUGUCUGUAACGUUUUUGAAUGUUGGAAGCUUGUUGGAGGUGUAGACAUGGUGCAGUAUAGCAAAUUGCUCUUGGAAAGUGGCCACAUAUUAUUGUUGGGACACCUGGACAUGUUGUUGAUCAUCUGUCGAAUACAAAAGAUGAGGCAGACAGAUUGCUAAAUGAAGACUUUGAGAAAUCACUCAAUGAUAUUCUGGAUGCUAUCCCACAUGAGAGGCGCACUUAUUUUCUGCAACCAGGACAAAAAAGGGAUAGAUAUAAAGUAGUUAGAAUGUAUAUUUAGACUGAAGCAUGCCUUGCUGUUGGUGCAUACUACUUUACGCUGGUAUACUGGUGCGAAAGCUUCAGAGGGCCUGUCUAAGGAAUCCUGUGAAGAUUGAAGCAGCAUCAAAAUAUUCCACUCUUGACGCACUGAAGCAGCGGUAUCGCUUUAUACCCACUAAGUACAAGGACUGCUAUCUAGUAUAUAUUUUGACGAAGAUGUCUGGGUGUACAUCUAUGGUUUUCACUUGAACAUGUGACGCAACUCACCUUCUGGCUUUGAUUCUUCGAAAUCUUAAUAUUAGAGCCAUUCCCAUUAGUGGCCAAAUGACUCAGUCAAAGAGACUUGGAGCCUUAAAUAAGUUCAAGUCUGGGGAAUAUAAUGUUCGUGUCUGCACUGAUGUGGCAAGUAGAGGACUUGAUAUUCCAUCCGUGGAUAUGGUUAUUAAUUAUGAUAUCCCUACAAACUCCAAGGAUUAUAUCCAUCGAGUAGGAAGAACUGCUCGUGCAGGGCGAUCAGGUGUUGCAAUAUCACUGGUAAAUCAGUAUGAGCUGGAGUGGUAUAUAUGGAUAGAGAAGCAAUGGAAAAAAGUUUCAUGAGUAUCCUGCACAAGAAGAGGAAGUGCUGCUAUUACUUGAAAGUGUUACAGAAGCCAAAAGAUUAUCACAGAUGAGAAUGAAGGAAAGUGGAGGCAAGAAGAGGAGGGGUGGAAGUGAUGAUGAGGAAGAUGUGAAGAGAUAUUUAGUUGUCAAGGAUAAGAAGGAUAAGAAGUUCACAAAGAAGAUGAAAAAUUGACAUUAAUUGUUGUCACUGCAAAUUUUGCUGUACAUAUUUCUGUAAUAUCUAGUUUAUUAUUGCCCUUGGAAUCCUGGUGUAGAGUCAGUUAGGAUCAACAUUACCUUCCAUCUAAUUAUUUUCUUAUUGUUGGAUUAUCCUUUGGAUUCUGGGUACAGCGUAAACGAUCUUGGUUUCAUAUUCUACGUAUUCUUGGCUAAGAAAUGCUACUUUCACUA